AAAUUUAGAGAAAUGACUUUAUUGCUGAGUUCUAGGGGUAUACCAUUGGGCCUGAAGAGUAAGGUAUAUAAAGCACAGGUAAGAAGUUGCCUGUUGUAUGGAUGCGAAACUUGGGCUAUGAUGGUUGAAAUCUUAAGAAAGCUGGAGAAAACAGAAAUGUAG